UAAUCUGUAUUGUACAGGUGAACGAGUCACUAACUGGACGAAGUCAGACGAAGUGAACAGAGGGCUGUAAGUGCGUGGGCAUGGAUGCGAUGCUAAUGGUGUAAUCUGUACUCUACAGGUGAACGAGUCACUAACUGGACAUAGACGGACCAGGUGUAAUGGAAAGCUUUUAUACUUUUCUCGUCUGCCUUUGCCAAGUAGUAUCCGUGUCCAGUCUGUCAAUCACAACACCAGGAGAUGUCUUAGCCGGUCGUCCGUUUACCCUGGAGUGUAAGAUAACCAGAUCAGCGGGUGACAGGAAUAGAACGGCCUGGUAUAAGAACAACUCCGUAAUAUACCUAUCCCGUGAUUGUAACACGUCAAUACCAGUAUUAUCAGCCGGGUUAUCAGGGGGAUGCCAACACGUCAACGGUGAAGAAGUUUACACAGUGACAAUACAGAACGUCACAGAAGACACGGGCCGGGUUACAUGGAUAUGUCUGUACAAAGGACAGAACAUCAACGUUACCCUGGAUGUUAAAGUAGUAUCCGUAUCCAGUCUGUCAGUCACAACAAUGGGAGAUGUCAUAGCCGGUCGUCCGUUUACUCUGGAGUGUAAGAUAACCAGACCGGCAGGUGACAGGAAUAUUAUGUCCUGGUAUUACAGCUAUAAUCAGAACAUAUCCCAUAUAUACUCCACCCGUGUGUGUACACCGUCAAUACCGGUAUCAUCAGAAUCACCAGCAGGGUUAUCAGGGGGAUGUCAACACGUCAACGGUGAAGAGGUUUACACAUUGACGAUAGAGAACGUCACACAAGACACAGCCCAAGUCACAUGGACAUCUCAGUAUAAAGGGCAGGACAUCGACGUUACCCUGGAUGUUAAAGUACCGGUGACUCGGGUGACCCUGACGAACCCUCCAUAUACAGUACUAGCUGGUAAACCCACCAACGUAACCUGUGUGACCUCGGCCAGUAAGCCCCAGGCCUGCAUAAGGGCGUACAUACGGAGUUCCGGUAAUGUCCGGGAGCUAGACCCGCAUGCCUGUAACCAAGACUCCAUCUUGGUACAGACCACAACACGGACACUGACGUUUACAGCUAGUGCCGAGGAGAACGGAGCUGAGCUGUACUGUAUCGCCUCCAACCGUGUGACGGAUCCUCCUGUACGCUCACAAGUCUACACACUCAAUGUACAGUAUCCUCCACAGAGUGGCGUCCGCCUGUCAGGUUAUGCUAACAACACAGCGGUGGAAUCUGGACAAAAACUGACCUUGACCUGUCAGGUGGGAAAGGGGAAUCCCAAACCAGCGCUCUCCUGGUCAUCAGAGUGUGGCCAGACAAACACAAUCCCUGGAAACGAUGGAAGUCAGCAGAUCAGUAUCACUAUAACUGUCAGUCCGUCCCUGAACCAGAAGACGUGUGUGUGUAGAGGGAGUCAGGAUGGGGCUAUGACAAGAUGGAUAGAGCAGAAGAGCAGAACAUUUAAUGUGUUGUGUGGGUUUGAACAUUUUUACCUUUUAGUUUUUUUGUGUAUUGAGCAGUUGUAUACUCGUUUGAAUCUAUAG